AUGGACUCAGAAACUGUAAAGAUUCAAACUCCAGAGGUCAGCGCUGUUGCGCCUACCACGGAGGCCCCGAAGCGCGACGCCGCAAGUGGUGAUUCUGGUGCCGCGAGCAUGGAAGAGCCUCCCUCCAAGAAGGUACGAGUGGAUGAAUCCUCCAAACCUGUGCUAGAAGAUAUGCGGGAUAGAGGAAUCGCGUCCAUCAAACCAGAAUAUCGCAUCGAAAUUGCACCAAAGCCACGCCCUGCAGAUGAGACUAGCCCUGACGAUGCCGCCGAGGCUGCUCCUCGAGAUGGCCGCGAUGGCGGUGAUUCUGGCAAGAAGGACAGAGGGAAGAAGAAGAAGAACAAGGGCCAGAACACGAACCGCAGCUAUGGUUCAUCUCGGGACGCGAAGGGCCUUUGCAGCACACGAAUGUUCGCGAAUGAGUUUGCCGCUGGAGAGUGCACAUUCGGCGAGAAAUGCCGAUUUGAGCACGAUCUGCGUGUUUAUUUGAAAGAUCACAAGCGUGCGGAUCUUACAACCCUGAACAGCAUGUGCCCUAUCUAUGAAGCACUAGGCAAAUGCUCUUCCGGUUGGAAAUGCCGCAUGGUUGGCUCACACUCAACCGAAAGAGAAACUGAAGACGGGAAGAAGGAAUUGAUCUUGCUGGAAGACCCAGAACGUAUGGAAAAAGGCCGGCCCCGUGUGCCCAACGCGACACCCGAUGGAAUCGUCAACAUCAUUUCCAACGAAGAUAAAAUCAGCCUCACAAGAAAGAGAGAGGACACUCCUCGGGCUGAUGCUUACACCACAUGGGCUGUCAAGGUGGGCGCGGAGCUGGAGCAGGCCAUUCACCAGCGAUCCACUGUUCGUGAGAAUGGUGAGCUUGUUCAACCAGAUGAACAGAUGAAGAUUGACAGGGAGGAGAACCGUGCUCGAUUCCUCGAGCCUCCUUUCAUGCCAUCUGAGAAAAGACGCAUCUAUUUCGGACCUGAGACCCCUGUUCUGGCACCUCUUACAACUCAAGGAAACAUGCCAUUCCGACGACUCUGUGGGGAUCUGGGUGCGCAGUUCACCUACUCAGAGAUGGCCAUGAGUAUGCCUUUGAUCCAAGGCUCAAAGUCUGAAUGGACUUUGUUGAAGGCUCACGAGUCGGAGGUGGCCCCGCCAGUUUAUAUCCCUGGAGACAAUGUUGUUCAGGGCUAUGAUAACUCCAAGGACUCCAGGUUUGGUGCCCAGAUUGCUGCUAACAAGCCAUGGCAAGCACUAAAGGCUACCGAAGUGCUGUCAAAGUUCACACCCAACCUGCGUGUCAUUGACCUGAACUGCGGCUGCCCCAUCGAGCUUGUGUUCCGUGAUGGAGCUGGCUCAGCUCUUCUCGACCAUCACUCGAAGUUGGAAAAGAUGAUUCGUGGCAUGAACGCUGUCUCACAGGAAAUUCCGAUUACUGUCAAGAUCCGUAUGGGAACCAAGGACAACCAACCUACCGCCCAGAAGCUGGUUGAACGUAUGGUCCUCGGUGGAUACGAAUCCAGUGUUCUGGACCUCGGUCCUCCAGGUGCUGCAGCCAUUACUCUGCACGGGCGGAGUAGACAGCAGCGCUACACCAGACAGGCAGAUUGGGGAUACAUUUCCGAAUGUGCAGCUCUUAUCAAGCGCCUUAACCAGAAGCAAGCUGAACUCACUGACACCAUCCGUGAGCCGGAUGCCCGCCACAUGCCCAAUGGAGGCAAGACUUACUUCCUUGGAAAUGGCGACUGCUUCUCCCAUGUCGACUAUGAUGACCACGUUAACAAUGCCGGAGUGGACUCUGUGAUGGUAGCCCGUGGGGCUUUGAUCAAGCCAUGGAUCUUCGAGGAGAUCCAGACCGGCCAGUAUCUGGACAAGUCUGCGACCGAACGUCUGGCCUAUAUCGAGAAGUUCGUAAAGUAUGGUCUUCAGGCCUGGGGCUCUGAUGAGCAUGGUGUUGGAACUACUCGUCGUUUCCUGCUAGAAUGGCUAAGCUUUGCUUACCGUUAUGUUCCAAUCGGUCUGCUCGAACAUCUCCCUCCCAAUAUCCAGGACAGACCUCCUGCUUGGCGUGGCCGGAAUGAGCUGGAGACACUCAUGGGUAGUGGCAACUACAAAGACUGGAUCAAGAUCUCUGAAAUGUUCCUCGGUCCUGCACCUGACACCUUCAACUUCGAGCCCAAGCACAAGUCGAAUUCUUACGAGGCCGAGGGUUAG